UAUUUACUCUCGUAAUGGAAGUUAUCACAUGACUGACUGCAUUUCCCAGCAAUCCUUCGUGCGCAAACGCAGUGAGCGUUGUCUGGCAGUGGUAAACAGACGUCAGAAGGGAGUCUUCGCCUCGAGUCAAAACAAAACAUUACGAAAAUGAUCAACGAUGAAUGACUCUUUGACCAACCGCGAUAUCAAGAAAUUGAACGGGAAUUGCGAUUAAGAAGAUUGGGAAUUCAAGUUAUGAGCCACGUUUGCUUUUCCGAUUGUUUCGAGACGGAUUUUAACUCAUAAAUAACAGGAGUUAGCCAGCUAAGUGGCUAUCCAACUAUUCCAAUGUUGUAUCUAGCUUGUUAGCACACAUUUCAAGUUUGGACUGACCGGACGGGGAGUUUGAGAGAAGUCAUCUGAAGAAGGAAUAUGCACAUUCAUUCUGAAACAGCUCUCAACGAAUUGUCUUAAAAAUACAAGGACUUGUUCAUCCCACAACUGUUCCACUGGUUUAUGCCCGCGCGAGCAUCGUGUGCUGCUGCGUCUCGAGAAACAUGGCAGAUGGUGACGCGCCUGGCCACAACGUGGAGGAGCGUGCAGACUUGAACCAUAAUACGGAUCUGUUUUCUUUUUGUUAGUUCUCAAAUACCUAAAAAGACAAGUAUGACCAGUGUGACCAGCAAGAAUUUGACUCCAUUCUUUAAUUCUUGACGGACAUUACGGCAUCAUCAAAUUAAACGGUACAGAUUAAGGUAGUACUGGUAGUCUGAUCAAUUAGGUCACAUUCACUAGUUUCGCUUAAAUUAAAUAUCUUGGCUUUUUUAUGUCUAUACUUGAAAGUUUUAACUUGAUAUCACGUCGUAGUUGGCUACGGGUUUUUUUUUAAAAGGAGGAAUUUAGUUCGGGAACGCUAACUUUUCAGUUAAAUUAAUGUAUUGACAAGCAGCCUUGAUUAGUACUUGUGAGAUCAAUAUCUGUUUUUAUUAAUAGCCUAAAGCGUGUAACAUAUUCAGACUGUCAGCAAAAAUUGAAAGUUUGAAUGCUUUAGAAUUAGCAUCUGGGCAAUUUGGCAUUUGGCAAGAGGAGGUUUUGUACGGGUGGGGAAGCACGUUAGAACGUUGUUUACAAGUGUUGGUGGGGGCCCAUAAAUCAGGUAGCUCUUUUGUAAUACUGACCUAGGCUACUAUGGUUAUCCGAUAGUGUAGACUGUCUUGAGUGUCUUUUCAUAUUCGGUCGGUGUUGAAAUGUUUAUUUUUUUAUCUUUUAUUAUAAAUCAGAAUUUAGUAGCGUUCAUAUAACAGCUUGAAAUUAAUAUAAUUGGUCUCUGAGUGAAUGAUUGGAAUUUCUGAUGUUAUUUAUUAGAUUCAUUCAAUUUAUUAAUGUUUUAAAGAAAACAAGUAACAAAAGCUGAAAAGCUAUAUACUAAUUUAGACUGGAUUUUUUCGUACUUGGCACAGUAAAUUAUGCUACAGCUGAAUUGUAGUGAGAGAGUUACUAUCUGAUUUUUAGGUUGUUGUUGUUGUUCAUAGACUCCAUCGUUUGGGCUAUACAGAUGUUUUGAUGGGACAGUGUUUCACUUCAUCUGAAUUUCCUUUGUUCUUUUUUGUAAACAAAGGCACGCCUUUCCAACCCUCCUUGGCUGUCUGUUAAUCGGAAGGUUUAUGAUAGAGAAGAUUAUUUUGUUCCUCUAAUCCCCAAUCUGAGGAUUAACCGACGCUAUAUUGGUAUAUCCAGAUUACUACGACUCUUUUCUACCAGACACUCUUCUAAUAGGGACUGGAGACGAUUUAGUUGAAUUAUUUUAGGAAUAUUGAACUUGAUUUAGCACAACUGCUAAAACGAAUCAAGGAAUCCCCACAGGGCUGUCAGAAAUAGCGAAACAUAACCCAGCGUUAAACCUCUCCCCAAGUCUCCCCCCACCCCCUAAGACCACCGUGACAAUUAGUGUAGGUUACACAAAUAACGGUGACACAUAUAGUCUGGCGUGUAGGCUAAAACUUUAUUUAAAUAAGAAAGAACUGUAAUUACAUACACGUUUAAAUCAUUAGCACUUGGCAGUCUUUCUCUGAAGCGCUUGGAAAAACGAAAUAUCUGAGCCCCCUCACAUGAUGGAGGAGGACAGCGUACCCCCGAUUGACCCAGAUUUUGAGCCACAAAGCAGACCGAGGUCGUGUACUUGGCCGUUGCCUAGACCCGACAUCUCAGCUGUCAAACCAGAGGCGGCAGACGGCGCAGAGUCAGCCGCGGGAACCCCGCCCGCCGAGGAAGACAAGCAUGAGCCUCAGCAAAUCACAUCGGAGCCCGAGAAAGUGGUCGUCACAGAGGGCGGAGUCGCAGCUGGAGUGGGUGGAGCUACUCCCAGAAAAGGGUCAUCCCGGCGCAAUGCCUGGGGCAAUCAGUCCUAUGCGGAUUUGAUCAGCCAGGCAAUUGAAAUGUCGCCCGAGAAACGUCUCACCUUGGCGCAGAUAUAUGAUUGGAUGGUGAAAACGGUGCCCUACUUUAAGGACAAAGGAGACAGCAACAGUUCAGCCGGAUGGAAGAACUCUAUCCGACACAACUUGUCCUUGCACAACAAGUUUCUCCGAGUGCACAAUGAGUCCACGGGCAAGAGCUCAUGGUGGAUGCUUAACCCAGAGGGGGGAAAGACCGGCAAGGCCCCGCGGAGGCGUGCGGCCUCCAUGGACAACAGCAGCAAGUUGCUUAAGAGCCGGAUGCGGGCAAAGCAGACCAAGAAGCUGGCGGGAGCGGCCGGCCUGGGCACGCCCAGUGGUAGCCUGCCAGGCGAAGGUGGCACAGGGGCAGGGGGCGCAGAUAGCCCUGGCUCCUCCCAGCAGUUCCCCAAGUGGGGAGUGAACCGCAACAGCCCCUCAUCUCGCGGCAGCCUGGACGACUCAGACAUGUGGACAAGCUUCCGGCCGCGCACUAGUUCCAACGCCAGCACCCUGAGCGGCAAGCUGUCACCCAUCGGCCCGGGACAGGAGGAGGACGACGAGCUGCCUGAGGACAGCCUGCUGGGGAGCUACUCCACGGGCAGCCUGCCCCCCACCCUCACCGAGACCCUCAUGGAGGAGCUGGACCUGAUCGACGGGCUCACGCUCAUGACUGCCCAGCAGGGCGGCGCCAGCCCCAGCACAGCGCCCCCCGCCCCGCCCACACCGUUGCCCUCGGCGUCCACACUGCUGCCCCGAGGGACGGGCUUCCCCUCCUACAGUCGGAUGCAGCCAUCCAAGCCUGUGCAGAGCCCCCCCCAGCCUGGAGCUCAGACUUCUGUGCAACAGGGCUCCAACCACAGCCCCUCUUCCUAUGGCAACUCCCUCUUCAACCCCCUGCCAGGGCCCGGCUCCCACGGGGGGGGCCACUUCGGCACCCGCGUGCCUUCCAGCCUGGAGGCUCUGCUCACCUCUGACUCCCCUCCGCCGAGCGAGGUCAUGAUGACUCAGGUAGACCCGCUCAUGCCCAGCCAAGGAGGGGGAGGGAUGCUGGGCCUGCGGGGGGGCAUGGUGGGCAGCCAGGCCAAGCCGGCAGGGCUGAUGAUGGGGAAGGGCCUGGAGCACACCUCUGUGGGGACCAUGGGCCUCCCGCCACAGCCUCAACUCCAACCACAGCCUCACCAGCAGCAGCAGCAGCAGCAGCAGCAGCAGCAGCACUCCCAGAUGGGCCUCAGCAUGCUGCUGUCCAGCAUGAGCCCAGAUCCCUCUCAGCUGAGCGCCAUGAAGAACCAGCAUCACGUGCCCGGCGGAGGCCUGCUCCAAGGGGUCGGCGGCGGCGGGGGGAACGGGGGUCCUCAGGGGAUGGGCCAGUUUGGCACGCCCUCCUUCUUCAUGCCCUCCCAGGACCGCUUGCCCACAGACCUGGACAUUGAAAUGUUCACAGAGAACCUGGACUGUGAUGUGGACUACAUCAUCAACAGUGACCUCAUGGAUGGAGACAUUAUUGACUUCAACUUUGACCCCAUACUGGCCGGUGGCCAGGCGUACCCAGGGCCCGCCUCCACACAGGGCUCGUCACACAAGUGGGUCCCCAGCUAACUCUCCAGCCGCUGGGAGCAGAGCAGCCCUCACCCCCUUACCACACAACACUUGGUGCAUAGUUCGAUCUUUUUCUGCCUCCGCAUUUGCCAUUGUACCUCUGAUACAAAAAAAAACUAAAAUACUUUUUGGGCGAAGAUACAAAAUGUGGACUACAAUUGUUUUAUAUUUUUUUUGUAGUUGCCGAUCUGAUAUACACAUAUAUAUAUAUAUAUUUUUGGAAGACAGAGACAGACCUCAUUGUUGUUAAGUGCCAAUUUGAACCCAAGUGGGGCCAGGGGGGACCGAGGAUGGCCGACACAGAGAGACAGUCAACAUCAGUUUCAACUUUUUGAUUUGUUUUGUUUUCAGAAGGACAAGACAAGACUCUUGUCGUGUGGGGAAAGAAGCACAACUAAUAAACUACUAAUCAAGUUUAUUACGCAUUUAUUACUAAUACCAAAGUAGCUUAGCUUGGACAUGGUACUCCUGGUUUUUUUUGCUACUGGACCACUGCUGUGAGAAGCCUGGAUCCAGACCGGGGGGCAAGAAGAGGAGUGUGGACUGAGAGGGGUGUUGGUCGGACCUGGAUGCCUGGACCUGCUCGUUGCUCAGUGGUACAAAAUGUGACAUUUUUGUUGGGUUGUCAUGUUGGAGCAGAAGUGGGCGGAGGCAAAGCCAGACUGAAUUCUUAUCCCAAACAUUCAGUCGUGCAGUAAUUCUGAUCGCUUGAUUAGUAUCUACAGUUGGGCAUAUGUGACCACCUCCGCUCAGGAAAGGACUUGUGAUUUUCUUUUCAGUCGUGCUGAUGCAUACAGGAGGAGUCAUAGGGUGGUGCUUUUUUUGGCUUUUUAAUUAUUGUGCAGUUAGUUGUGUUAACAGUAUGAAGAAAUACAAUGUGGAAUUUUUAUACUGGGCAUUCAAAGGCAAUGUUUCUUUUCUUUCCUUUGCCAACAUGUGAUUAGUCGGCAUAGUGUUAUUACUGAAGACAGUAUGCCUCUUUUGUAGAAUGCAAUUUGUUUGAAGUAAUUUUUUUUUGCAUACUCCAGUUUUGAGCCGGCUAAGCUUGAAACGGGCAAAAAUACAACACCGAAGAAUCCUUUAGUCCAGCGAAAGGAGUUCCGACCCAAAGUGACGGCGAAUCAUUUCAGUAGAGGGAAAGGCUUUUGGUUAUGCUCUCUUUUGUAGCAUGCGACAUGGCAGUGUGUGAGAGAAAUCUUGAAGGAUGCAAAAUUGAAAUGUGAUGUUAUGCAAAGGUUAUCAGCAAAGAAGGUGUGGUGAAAUGGCCCUGAAAGUCUGACUCGGGGCGUGACCAGAAUUGAUUUCUUACCCAACGCUCUUUCAUAUAUAAUACUAACAAUCUUUUUGUAUUGCGUUUCAAUGUCGAAGAGAGAAGAUAUGAGUAUAUGGGACUAUAGUUUUAAUAUUCAGUUAAGAUAAAAGUUUAAAAUUAUAAUGCAUCUUUAACAGAUAUGCAUACUAAUCAGAAACAUACUGUUAAUGUGUUUUUUUUAUCUGCAAAAAGUAACUUCAGAGCAUUUCUAACGGUAAUUUUUAUGUAUUUUGUUAUUUUUGUAAAAGAUGAAAAGCAUGUACAUUUUAUAUAUAACCAAAGGAACACUAAGAACCGCAUGUCAGAACGGGGGGAGUGGGAGAGGGGCGGGAUGCAUUUCAGUGGAGAUAAGCUUUACAGAACACAGAACAUUCAAACAAGAGUGAACUCCAAUCAGAUCAGAGCAAGGAGCUGCAUCGGGAGGGCCAUUCUAGAAUGUGCCGCCAUGUGACGCCUCACUUGAUUGGAGGAGUAGUUUUAGGGAAAUGGAUUAACUAAUUGAUCCCUUUCAUGAAUUGUCCUGGUUAAUACUCUCUGCCUGUACUUUUACCUGACGAUGGAAGUCAAUCUCAUCUCAAAAAACGAGACCGAACUGGUUCAACGUAACUUCGACGAAUAAUGCAAUGAUUAACUCUCAGGGUAAUUUUAAAAGAGACAAAAUAAGAAUAGUGACCGCAAAAGGUUCCAGAAAAUAAGUGUUGAGAUAAUCAUAUAGCAAUUUGAAAUGAUUCUUGCUUUCGCUCUGUGAAAAACAAGUGAUUGGAAAGACAUAUAACUAGCAGGCCCCUUUAGAACGUUCAGCAUGUUAAAAUAUAUGUUAACGGAUAAAUAUAUAUUCAAUGUUUAAUUUUAGGAGGAGAGGUUCAUUGGGAUUGUGAGUUCACUCAAAUUAUAAGAUGCUGUAAUACUGCCAAUGAACACUAGAGCAUACUGCUGCAGAGCAAAAUGUACCAAGCCGUAUUUUCUCAAUGUUCUCAUUUUUCAUUCUCUUUAUUUUCCAUUGAAUAUAUUAUUCACGUUUUUGUUGUUGUUUUAGCAGAAAGGACACUUGUAUUUAUAGUUUUGUCUGAACGUUUUCUCCAUUUUUUAAUUGAAGCAAAAUAGCAUUCACUUCAAUGUUGAUUAGGUUUCUUUCAGGAAAUGUAGAUGUGCAUUUCUUCAUCAUUUGACUGUAAUUGUCCUAACAUGUUAGAUUUAAAGGUGCAGUAUCUAGGAUUUAGGGUGAUCUAUUACCAGAAAUGGAAGAGAGUAUUCAUAAUUUUGUUUUAUUAAGUGUGUACUCACAUGUAACUACGAAUCGUGUUUUCAUUAGCUUAGAAUGAGCCCCUCGUACCUACUUAGGGAGUGGGUCCUCUUCCAUGGAGUCUGCCAUGUUUCUACAGUGGCCCAAAAGGGACAAACCUAAACACUGGCACUAGAGAGGGCCUUUUGUGUUUUUGUGGAACCUGAUGGUCACUGUAGCUUUUCCUACACGCUUGGACAGGGAGAGGUAUUCAUUUGGUUGAAAUCGGCACCCUCACCACUAGAUGCCACUAGAUCCUACAUAGUGCACCUUUAAGACCUGUUGUGUCAUGGCAUUGUUUUCUAAUCACCGGUGCUACAAUCUAUUAUCAAUGACUUUUAGAGGGCCAGAUACAAAUGGGUGGAGUUUAGAUUAAAAAAAAAAGGCCUUGAAUCAUUUAUAUGCAGCAAAAAAAGGAAAUAUUUUGAAUAUGUUUUUUUUUCUAAGAACCCUAGAGUGUAGGAUGAAAAUAUAACCUUUUAUUGUGUUCCCCAAGAUGUCACUUAAAAUAGAUUCUCAAUAAAACUGUGAAUGCAGAGAAAUGUCUGGCAUUUGGCUGGAGUUUGGAAGCUUUCAUCAGCAAAGAAGAAUUCAUGCAGCGCACCCCACUGUGAUUGAGCAGUGAGUGUGUAGGAUGGAACAGCUCGUCCGAGUGAGUGUCGGUUUCCAUGAACGGUUUACGCCUGUGGCCUUGUCUUUGUAGGGGGUGUCUGGUCUCUAUCCUACUUCAUACACUGUUCAUGCACAUGUAGGUGUGUUUAUGUGUGUGUGUGUGUGUGUGUGUGUGUGUGUGUGUGUGUGUGUGUCCAGAAAGUGCUGCAUAUGUGGAGUUGCGUCUGCGAACGAAUGCGAGAGCUGAGUGUUGAAGAGUGACUGGAUUUACGGAAGAACGUAGCGUGGCUGUGAGUGAGUGAGUGUUGGAUCUGCAAAGGCCACAGUGGCUAAGGCGACUGCAUGAACAGAGAUCUCCCCUCUUCCUGGUUGGACAGUGAAGGAAAAACAAUGUGUGAAGUGAAGCGUGAUGGUGGCUGGCCCCCCUUCAGACAGUAUGCUGGGCCACCCUUUAGACCUUCUGCAGGAGUUCCCUUGCCUUGUCUCUGAUUCAUGACUAUUAUUUUCUCCUCCCCCUCCUUUUAAAAUAAUACCUCUUAAGACUUGUUUUGAACUUUAGUACUUUCUUAUAUUUUCUCAGUACUUCUUUUUUUUCUACUACUCUUGUUACUUCACUUAAUUAUGAGUUAGUUUGAUUUUACUCUCUUAUUUGACUGGGUUUGAAGAGACUUUUAGAGUGCACAGGUUUGAGUUAUUUUGGUUGGUUUGUUUGUUUUUUUAUGAGGGAGGGAAGGGCUUGUCAUGGGUUGUUGAGUUGUGCAUAGCCAAUACAUGUACUUGAUUACUUUUGAUUGAUGUUUUAUUAUUUCCUCCUCUGUUUUUUCUUCCCAAUCUUACUUUACAUAUUGUAAAGUUAGCCAGAUAUGACUUUGAAAACAGUCCUGGAGAAUGGAAUUAAACUUAAUCUGUUUAACCAAAA